AGAAACAAGAGAGUAGGGAACGGGAAAUAAAAAAUAAGUGUUUGAUUCUAAAGCUUGCAAAGUAAAAAUAAAAAUACUAAAACCAAUAAAAAAACCACCGAUAAAAUGACAAUUAUAAAAUCGUGCUGUUUCUGGAAAUCUUUAAGAAAAGGAAGUUUUGCAAGUGCUUUUUAUACAUUUAUAUAUUUUUCUACAUCAUGCGUGUCAAUAUCACUUUACCUUUACGAAGAACGAGAAUUUUUGACAGGGAAAAUUGAUAAACCUGCAAGUAAAAGUUUUCUUGGCACCUCUUCUUCUAACGUGCUGUUCAGCAUGUUAUGUCUUGGAUGCGCUAUAUUGGGAUCUCUAUCAUCAAUUCUUGUCUUCAUUGGAUUAAAGAAGAAUCAAAGAGAAUUUCUUGUUCCUUGGAUAGUAGUGAUGUCUUCAGAUAUAUUCAUCGCAGUUUUCCAUUUCAUUUUCGUCAUGACGUUUGGAAAUUUGAAAUUCGAUCCUUUAACCGGCACACUAUUUACAGUUGAUUUUUUCAUAUUAAGUUUGAAUAUGUACUGUUUAGCUUGUGUCAUUUCUCAAUACCAAGAAUAUAAAGCUGAUCGUAGGCUCGCAAGUAAUCACUAUAAUGCAGGAAACGAUAUUUCAACACUGAAUAGAGAACAAAAAUCGUGCAUCGUGUUACAAGGCUCAACUCCGAGUGCGUUAAAUAAUCAACAAACAAAUAUAGUAGUCAUAAAGGAGUUGCAGAAAAUGGGAAAUCAAAAUGUUGGAUUUAAAUCACCAUUUCAACGAAGGAAACCAAACGAUAGAAAUUUAUUCAGAAAACAAGUUCAGUUUACAGAUGAUAUGAAACGUGAAGGAACAUUUGAAACUAUAAAGAAUUGUGAACAUUCGGAUAUGGGAAACCAGGAUUUUUCAAUUCUCUAAGUUUCAAACCAAAUGUGUUUGAGGAAAUCAACAAUUAAUCCAUGAUAAUUGUCUCUCGGUUUCCAUUCGAAAAGACAUUAAAAAAAGCAGA